CAAGAAAACACUUCAGCCCUCAUAUCACUCUAGCAAGUUUCCUUUUGAUGUAAUAAAAUAGCUAAUUAUCUCAUUAACCCUACUGUUCGAUGGAGGAAUAGAAAUGAAAAAUUCAAACUCAAAAUAACCUUUCGUUAGAAGAACAGAAACAGGAUUCGUAAGUAGACUGCAUUAUACACAAGUGAAAACCUGAAAUCUCAUCCUGAUGACAAUAUUCCAGUUCAAAGAAGAUAUUGAAUACUGUACAGGUACAAAAUUCUGAUGUAGAGCUACUGAUGGAUACUGAGUGCUUCAGUCGUCCUAUUACAUCUGUGAACUUUCAAAGAGAUGCGGAAGCAGCUGCUGAGACAUUUCCAUCGAUCCAAACUAAAACUAACUUUUAUACUAUGGCUGGAAUUCUGGAUUUCCUGCAGUUGGAAUGGUCAAGAAUGCAAUCAGAACGAACACAAUGGGAUGUUGAGAGAGCAGAAUUGCAUGCGAGGAUAGCAUUCCUUCAGGGUAAAUUUAGGGGACUUGAAUGUCUUCGGAACGAUUUGAUUCGUCGAAUCAAAAUGUUGGAAUAUGCCUUAAUAAGAGAAAGAAGUAACAAAACUCAAGAUGGGCAAUCCAAAGAAAACGAAGAAAAUAUGAUAAGCGUGCAUUUUUCUAGGUCUGAUUUUGGUACAGACCAUUCAAAAACAAAUGUAGAUAGUGAGUGGCAAAAUGAAAAUAUCCAGCUGAGCAAGUACUUAAAUGACUCAACUUCAUCUGACGUUUCACAUACUUCUGGUAAUCCAGCACUCUGCGAUGCUUCUGGAGUCAGUUUGCUAGUCAGUGAUGGUCUCAGUUCAGAAACUAAUGUUCUCCAAGGGUCUCUUAAAUAUGAUGAUUCUGAGUUAAAGGGUUUUCAAAAUUCACUGGAACUUCCCAUAGAACAUUGCGGUUUAGAACAAAAUAAACAAUCACAAGAUGGCCCGUCUGACUUCAGUUUGUCUAACAGUUCCAGUUUCGAUUACUUGGCACUUACGGAAGAAGGGGAUCUGACUUCAACAAUUGAAUCUCAGUGUAUUACAGACCCAGAAACUGCUGAAGCACUUUUAGAAUUUGAGCAGCUUGUUGCGCAAAGUCCAUGUUUGGAUAAAACUCCUUCGAUUGAACAUAUAAAUCAUACUCUUUUAAAGCAUAAUGAGUCUUUACACAAGGAUUGGGAUAAUUUAAAUGAACAAGAACUGUUGCAACGUUUCAAAGAACAGUAUCGAGCAGACCGUUCACAUGUCAAAUCUUCACAUCUAUCUCUUCAUUUUCCUCUUAUUUCUAAUGUAAAAUUAAAAGAAAGCUUAAAUAUAGAUGAUAAGAAGUUGAAAAUCACUUCAUUACCUAAUGAUUUAAAUGUUCAACAAUCUAGUUAUGGCAGUAAUAAUAAUAGUGAUCGAUCGAUAAAUUUCGAUGCUGUUGAAGAUGAAUUGGAUAAUAUACUACCGAACUUUGAUAUGUUGAUCAAUCAAAAACAUCAACAUCAUCACCAACAACGAAAUGUAUCAAAGAAUGAGAUUUUACACAAUUCUAGUAUCACUACUACUAAUACUACUACUACAACCACUACCACUUCAAAUAUACUGUCAAAUCAAUUAAAUUCAACAAAUGAAUCAACCUUAAGACUAGAAGAUUUGGCAAAUCUUUCUAAUAUGUCGAAAAGUGAAUUUAAUUCUAAACAAGCACAUGCAGUUGCUUUAGCGAUGGAUAAUUUAGAUGGAAUGAGUGAAUGUCUCAUUAAUAGAUCAUCAAAUGAGAAAAUUAAUCAAUCCACACCAACACAAAAACCUGCAACAUGGAUAGCAAAAUAUACACUGCGUAGUCAUUUUGAUGCUAUUCGUGAUAUUUGCUUUCAUCCUAGUGAAUCAGUUUUAGUUACAUGCAGUGAAGAUCAUACUUUAAAAUUAUGGAAUUUAAAUAAAACUGUUCAAACGAAAAAGUCUUCAAUGUUUGAUGUUGAACCGAUAUACACAUUUCGUGGGCAUACUUCACCAGUUUUAUCAGUAGAAAUGGUUCCUAGUUUAUUGAAAGUAGAUAAUUCAUGUCAAUCAGGACUGAUGCUUUCACCGAUCUAUAUAUACUCUGGGGACUUAUCAGGUUGUAUACGUAGUUGGUGUGUGUCUAAUCUACAAUUAGAUCCUUAUGAUACUUUCGAUACAGCAAUGAUGGGUCCUAUUUUUGAAGGUCAUACCGACGCGGUUUGGUCAUUGUGUUCACGUUACGACGGUUUACUGCUUUCAACUUCCUCUGAUGGUACUUCUCGUCUAUGGCAUUUACGUCCAAAUUCAUUUGUCAGUUCUGAUGUAUAUUACAUUAGUAAAAUGCUUAAUAAAUGUGAGAAUAUAUCUCAACAAGACUCAACUCCUACUUCAGCCACAUUUGUAUGUACCAAUCUAGCCCAAUUCGCUGCUGGCUUCAAUUCAGGUCAUGUAUGUUUAUUCAAUUUGGAUACACAUCAAAUUGUUAGAAAUUUUCAGUCGAUUAAUAAGACAGAUAUCAGUGAUACUUCUCAGGACGCAAAUGUAUACUCUGUAAAUUCUAUCAUUUCUCAUCCUCAUCUCUCAUUAAUAAUUAGUGCUCAUGAUGAUCGUCAAAUUCGUUUUUGGGAUUCGUUAAGUGGCAAAUGUGUUCAUUCAUUGACUGCUCAUUUGGAUUCAGUAACAACACUCAGUUUAAAUUCUAAAGGAACAUUAUUACUCUCAGCAAGUCAUGACUGUUCCAUACGAAUAUGGGAUAUCAAUACAAAAUUAUGUAUUCAAGAGAUUACAGGUCAUAGGAAAAAAUUUGGUGAAGCUAUUAAUGCAGUUGCAUUUCAUCCAACACAACAUUUUAUGGCUAGUGCUGGGUCUGAUGCAUUGGCUAAAGUAUAUGUUUAAAAGAAGAAAAAUGGAGAGCAGAUGUGGUUACAAUCAGUACAUUUAAUGUUCGCUGAUAUCUUAACCAUCAAUUGUAUAUACCUACAUUCUUUUUGUGUACUUUUUUAUUAUUAAUAAAACAUUCUGUCAAGUAUUAUUUAUUUCGUGCGUAUCGACGUGAAUUUUUCUUCACAGUAAUGUGAUCAAUUAUUUAACAGUCAAUUUUUUUUAUUUUGCUUAUCAUUUUCUGUCCAAUCUGUUAUUGAAUACUACAAACUAAUCUUGUCAUAUAUAUUAAUAUAUCGAAUUAAUCGAUGGCUGUUCUUUCAAUGUCAAUCAUCUAUAACAUUUAAUACCUACUUACCGGUGGUUGUAUCUAAGCACGCAUUAUCUUAUAUACAAUGAACAGGCUAGUUACCUAACUUUUUAUUUCUGUAAUAUUUUUAUCAUUUGACUUUACAUUUAUUAUUUUAAUACAACGUUCGCUGUACACACUAUGUAUCCGCAGUUGGUUGAUAUGUUCUGCUGAAAGGUUUUUAUUUCUAAUGGUUUUAAGCUUAAAGAAGAAUAGCUCUUGUCC